GCACAACUCACUGCCUUUGUAUCGUAGCCAAAAGCGUAUCAUGGCGGCAGAUGAUGAUGGCAAGGCGGCCUUCGCCCGGUUUCUGGAUGCCAGCUGGGAGAUUUUCCGCCGCCAGAUGAUUGAGGUCUACUCGGAAACGAGAUCUUCAAGCCUAGCGUUGCCGAAGAAUGUGAGCGCACUGGAAGCCGAGAUCCAGGAGCUCAGGGCUAAGGUGAAAAAGGGCGGAGAAAGCAUGGAAUCCGAGAAGCCAUUAGUGGUGAAUGCAAGCGCUCCUGCACCGCUCUUCACCACAUGGGAGAGGAUGGCACCGGACACCAAGCUGGUGAUUGAUUCAUCACAGAAUUCAGAUCCAGUGCUGCAUAGCAUGUCGGAUGUUGCCCAGGACACUUUACGGUCUCAGAGCGACAGCGAGAAAGUCGACGAAGACGGCAGCGUGGUGACGAAGCACAAGUCCGAGUUUUCGAGCUUUGAGGCGAACAAAAACCUGAAGAAUGGCCGAAUCUCAGGGGCUUCUGAGCAGGAGCAAGAGGAGAGCUUUGCCGGCCCGCAGAUUGCCCUGCAGGAUCCGCAGACGAACGCAGUUCGUCACCGGCUGCGGCUGAGACUGGGCGCUGUGUCUUUGAAGAAGCUGAUUAGCGGAAAGAAUUUGCACGACGCCAUUGAAGCCCUUGGCCUGACCACCUACACGGAGGAGCAUGUGAAUGAUUUGGUCAACCAGCUGGCUGACUACAUCGACCUGAAAUUCGUCACCAAGGACAAAGAUGGUGACUACCACAGGAGCAACUCCCCAGGGAUCAACAAGUCGUUUUGGGAGAACGAGCGCAACCUGGGGCGCCCAGUGUGGAACUGGCCCAGGGACGCCGAGUUCACCCGUUCUGCCAGUCGGGAGAUCAACACCUCAGAUCUCCCAGCCAGAAGCAGCUUCAAUGUGGUCCCAUUGCAGGCGCUCAUGGACCUCUUCCUGGCUCGUGACCCAGACCUGCACAAGAAGAUCUUCGGGCCCGUCAACAGAAAGCAGUUUCAGGCCAUGAAGGAGAUCCUCUUGGCGGGCGACACGAAUCGCCUGGUCGCAGAGCUUACCUUUGUGCGAAUCAAUGAUCUAGCGGCUCCUCCGGAGCCCAUCAACCCUCUCAUGUACAUCGAGCCGUUUGUCGCCGUCCUGAUUGUAGUGAAUGGCAUCAUGAUUGGCUUUCAGACUGAUCGGACCUUCGAGGGAUGGGCCGGCUGGAAGUACAUGGAAGGCAUCUUGGCCUUUUUUCUUCUUCUGGAAAGCGCCAUGCGCUUGUAUUUGUCCGGCUUUCGGGAGUUUGCCUGCGGCCCCGACUGGCUGUGGAACUGGUUUGACUUCCUGCUGAUGUUGACCGGCAUCACGGAUGUCACCAUGCAGGCAGUGGGGGGCCUGGAUAACGACAUGUUCGCCUCCUCCCUUCUGCGCUUCUGCCGAUUGAUUCGGCUGGUGCGUGUGGUGAAAGUGUUCCGCUUGAAGUGCAUGAAGGAGCUGCGGCUCAUGGUGAAGGGCCUGGUGGCUGGGCUGCGGACGCUGCUGCUGGCUUUUGCCUUGCUGUUCGCGGUUCUAUACGUUAUCUCCGGCUUCGCGACCAUGACCAUUGGCCGGGACGCGAAGACGGAAGCCUUGGGCUUGUCCAGGUCCUUCGAAAACAUCCCGUCGUCAAUGUUCACAGCCUUCCGCUGCUUCUGUGGUGAGUGCAACUCCGUGCAAGGCACUCCCAUCCACGCAAUGCUCGCGGAAGAGUUUGGGAUCAUUUUUGUGGCAGGCUACGUGAUUAGCUACAUGCUUGUUACCAUGGGAAUUUUCAACGUCAUCCUGGCGGUUUAUGUUGACAUCACCAUGAGAGCUGCAAAGGAGACGGAGGCUACCACCUCCGAGCAACACGCGAGAGAGUCCAUUCGUAUUGCCCGGACCACACGAGAACUGCUGAAGAAGUUUGCGCAAGCUUACAGGGCAUUCUCGUACCACGACAACCAUCCCGAAGGGAAACCUGAGAUGCCGGCGAGCAAAACGACGAACUUCGAGUUGAACCAGUCCACCUCCACCUACACCGACGAGGAUAUCCAUGAUAUCGCGAUCACCAAAGAGUUGUUCUUGCUGGUCAUUCAGGAUCGCACGGUGCAAACGCUCAUGGACGACCUGGACCUACCUCCCGAUCGUGCCAACCUGUUUGAGGUGAUUGACGCCGAUGGCAGCGGCACCAUGGAUGUCACCGAGCUGGUCCAGGGGAUGCUCAAGAUUCGUGGAGAUGUCAAGAAGAGUGACACUGUGGCGACGUUACUGGCGACCAAGGCGCUUCAGGAGAUGGUUACGGACAUGCGCGAGGUCUUGGAUUCUGUGCAGAGGGACGUGCAGACCUUGCCAUCAGCGCGAGGGCUCAAGGAUUUGUGAGUUUGGAGCACCGCGCUUUAUAUAUAAGUAGGGCCAAUCCCAGCGCUCCCCAACCACCUGAAAACCAAGGCCGUUGGUUGAUUC